GCAGGAAAAUUUUCAAGGUUCAUUCACUCUCCGGUAACUUAACUCAGAGGAGUGAAAGUGAUAAUUUGCCUCAGCACCUGAGCAAGAUAUUAAGUGAAAAAUUCACUUUUCGCCUUUAAAAAAUCGUGUUUACUUUGCAUUCAAGUAUCUACAAACUUACUCAGCUGCCAAAAUGCCUAUCAAGAGCAUUCUCGCCCGCAACAUUUUUGAUUCCAGGGGAAAUCCCACUGUAGAAGUCGAUCUUGUUACAGACCUUGGUUUAUUCCGCGCAGCUGUACCUUCAGGUGCAAGCACAGGAAUUUAUGAGGCUUUGGAGUUGCGUGACAACGAUAAGUCCCGCUACCAUGGCAAAAGCGUUCAGAAAGCUAUUGAUAAUGUGAAUAAGAGCAUCGCCCCUGAACUGUUGAAAGCUGGCCUGGAAGUAACUCAGCAAACUGAAAUUGAUGAGUUUUUAAUUAAACUCGAUGGAACUGAAAACAAGUCGAAAUUCGGAGCCAAUGCCAUCUUAGGUGUAUCAUUGGCUGUAUGCAAGGCUGGAGCUGCGAAAAAGGGAAUUCCUCUAUACAAGCACAUCGCUGAACUCGCAGGAAACAAAGACAUUAUUUUACCAGUUCCUGCUUUCAAUGUGAUUAAUGGAGGUUCACACGCUGGUAACAAACUGGCUAUGCAGGAAUUUAUGAUUUUGCCUACCGGCGCCGCCAACUUUACUGAAGCCAUGAGAAUUGGUACUGAAGUUUACCAUCAUCUGAAGAAAGUUAUUAAUAACAAAUUUGGAUUGGACGCCACUGCUGUUGGAGACGAAGGUGGCUUUGCUCCAAAUAUUUUGAACAACAAGGAAGCUUUGGAUCUGAUUAAUGAUGCCAUCGCUAAGGCCGGUUACACUGGCAAAGUUGAGAUUGGAAUGGAUGUUGCUGCUUCCGAAUUUUACAGAGAUGGUCAGUAUGAUUUGGACUUCAAAAAUCCAGCAUCUGACAAAAGCAAGUGGUUAUCGCCCGAAAAACUCCAAGCCCUUUACCAAGAUUUCAUCAAAGAUUUUCCCAUCGUUUCCAUUGAAGAUCCCUUUGACCAGGAUGACUGGAAUGCUUGGACUUCCAUCACUGCCGCUACAAACAUCCAGAUUGUUGGCGAUGACUUAACGGUAACCAAUCCAAAACGCAUUCAAACUGCCGUGGAGAAAAAAGCCUGCAACUGCCUGUUGCUGAAAGUGAACCAGAUUGGUAGUGUGACUGAAUCUAUCAGAGCACAUUUGUUGGCCAAGCAGAAUGGUUGGGGCACAAUGGUGUCGCAUAGGUCCGGCGAAACUGAAGAUACAUUCAUCGCCGAUCUCGUCGUUGGUCUAUCCACAGGUCAAAUAAAAACUGGAGCUCCUUGUAGAUCGGAGAGAUUGGCCAAAUACAACCAGAUUUUGCGCAUUGAAGAAGAGUUAGGCGCUGCCGCCAAAUACGCUGGAAAGUCCUUUAGGAAGCCACAAUAAACUGAUCAAAUUCAUUGAUCAUAAGCUUGGCAAUAGUUUGAUACCAUGCAGAAACCCCAUUCCACAUGCAUUGCGAAUUUACUCCUACGUAUCAAACUAUUUCCCACAAAUCGCAUAUGAUUGGGAUAAUUGUUUCCAAAUAAGUGGAUUAGAUGUUUCUCUAUGAUCUAUGUGAGCGAUAAGUAGGGUGUACUAGUUCCAGCAUAUUGGAGUAACUUAUUUAUUAAUAAAUGAUUAGUAACCAGA